CAUUGCUUUCUUGUCCCUCCCCAAUCUUGCCUUUUCCCAGCUUCCCGCGUCUGCGCACCUCGACCCGGCCUAAACCGCCUGCCUCAGCCCCUGUGUCCUGCCCCUCGCAGCGCCUCUACCAUGUCGGAAUACAGCGCGGUGCCGCCGCCUGGGGCCGCAGCUCCCCUUGGGGCAGGCGGCGGACUCAAGAAGGAUGCGUUUGCGGACGCGGUGCAGCGCGCGCGGCAGAUUGCGGCAAAGAUCGGCGGUGAUGCUGGAGGAGGUACCCUAAACAACAACAGCGCCGGUGAGAGCUUCCCUUUCGCUGCACAGAAACGCCAGCUGGAGGAUGCAGAUCAACCAGAGAGCAAGAAGAUGGCCCCUCAGAGUGACCGAGAUUCUGCAUCUGCGCUGUCCAUUGGAGCCCAGCUGGCCGCCAUGUCCCAGAGGCCACCCACUGUAACAGAAGAGUACAAAGUGCCAGAUGGCAUGGUGGGACUCAUCAUUGGCCGAGGCGGGGAGCAGAUCAACAAGAUCCAGCAAGAAUCCGGUUGCAAAGUUCAGAUUGCCCCAGAUAGUGGAGGACUUUCUGAGAGGUGUGUGUCUCUCACAGGAACUAAUGACGCCAUAGACAAAGCCAAGAUGCUCCUUGAUGAAAUUGUGUCCCGGGGCCGUGGCACACCCCCAUCUUCCUUCUAUGAGUCAGCCAAUGGUCAGAGCGGGUCCAUGCAAGAGAUGAUGAUCCCAGCAGGCAAGGCAGGCCUGAUCAUUGGUAAAGGAGGAGAGACUAUCAAACAGUUGCAGGAGCGAGCAGGUGUGAAGAUGAUCCUCAUCCAGGAUGGAUCCCAGGAGCCCAACAUGGACAAACCCUUGCGCAUCAUUGGGGAGCCCUACAAAGUACAGCAAGCCCGUGAGAUGGUUCAAGAGAUCCUGCGGGAAAGGGACCACCCUGGCUUUGGAGACCGGAAUGAAUAUGGCUCCCGCAUGGGUGGAGGGAUGGAUCUACCAGUUCCCCGUCACUCAGUGGGAGUUGUGAUUGGCCGGAAUGGAGAGAUGAUAAAAAAGAUUCAGAACGAUGCUGGUGUCAGAAUACAGUUUAAACCAGAUGACGGUCAGGGGCCUGACAAAGUGGCCCACAUCAUGGGCCCACCAGAUCGCUGUGAACACGCUGCCAGCAUCAUCCAAGACCUGGUGCAGAGCAUCCGCGUUCGGGACGAAGGCCAAGGGGGCCCCCCAGGACCACCGGGCUCAGGAAUGCCUCCGGGUGGGAGGGGCCGGGGGCGGGGCCCAGGCAACUGGGGGCCCCCGGGUGGUGAGGUCACCUUCUCCAUCCCUAGUCACAAGUGUGGCCUGGUUAUCGGCCGUGGAGGUGAGAAUGUGAAGGCCAUCAACCAGCAGACAGGGGCAUUUGUGGAGAUCUCCCGCCAGCCGCACCCCAACGGAGAUCCAAACUACAAGCUGUUCGUAAUCCGCGGCACCCCGCAGCAGAUAGAUCACGCCAAGCAGAUGAUCGAAGAGAAAAUUGAGGGACCGUUGUGUCCAAUGGGUCCUGGUCCUGGUGGUCCAGGUCCGGCAGGUCCCAUGGGUCCGUACAACCCUAACCCUUAUCACCAGGGUCCACCAGCUGGUCCCCCACAUGGUGGUCCCCCAGGUGGACAUCAGUACCCUCCUCAAGGCUGGGGCAGCACAUACCAGCAGUGGCAGCCCCCUAGUCAACAUGACCCCAGCAAAGCAGCUGCAGCAGACCCCAAUGCGGCCUGGGCGGCAUACUAUGCCCAGUACUACCAGCAGCCCCCCGGAACUAUGCCUAGCCAGGCCCCCUCCGCUCCAGCAAGUGCCCCAGCACCCGCUGAUCCGUCCCAGGCUGCUCAGACUGCAGGAGGUCAGCCAGACUACACCAAGGCUUGGGAAGAAUACUAUAAAAAAAUGGCUCAAGCUAGUGGUACGGCGGCUGCCCCCACCUCCGGAGGCACCCAGACAGACUACAGUGCGGCCUGGGCUGAGUACUACAGACAGCAGGCUGCUUACUACGGGCAGCCGGCACAGACACCGGGCCAGCCGGCUGCCCCGCAGCAGGGACAGCAGACACAGUGAAACAACCUGGGUUGGACUUGAUAUUGGACCCCUGUUCAGGAAAUUCAGCCAGCUAUCUGGACUUUUAAUUUUUUCUUUUUUUUUUUUAAUUUUUGUAGGUUUUUUGUCUUGAAGCAUACUUUGGAAACAUUGCUAAGGAAGAUCGUUCAUCCACGUCUUUCCCCUCAUCCAUACCACUUAGCGAGAAUGUUUCAAGGACUAAAUGUCCUAUGUUUUGCUAGUAAAGGGUGACAGAGGAUGUUACAAAUCUUUUUUUGUUGUUGUUUUUGAUGUCUCCACUACCAUAUCCCUGCCUCCCUCACCCCGGUGUCACACGUCAAUCAAAAACAAGUGGAGUUUCGCGGUAGAAAUAAAGUUUAAAACAUAUUGCGCCAAUUCACUGAUCCGCCCACUGACCCGGACUCUCACUUUUCCAGUCUACCAAAGAGUUCAGUCUUACUGCAUCCACACCAUUGUUUUAAGAUGUGAAGCGAUUGUUUUAGUUUUGGCAAACAAAUGAAAAGAAAAAAAAAAAAAUGCUGAUGCAAAAAAUUUUAAUUUAGCAAAUUUAUGUAUUUUUUUUUUCUAGUUAUAACAUUCCCACUACUGACAUGACACGUUUUCUGUUUAUUUUGACAUGGUUUCCCAGUUCCCCCCCCCCCUCUAGUUGAUGGGCUACCCUGUAUGUCUCUCUGCAUAUGUGUGAGAGUCAGGAACUGGUCAUUUUUACUGUCACUUCAGGAUAAGUACCUUUCUCAAGUGUACUGCAACCAGAGUCAAGACUGGUGUUGGCACUGCUCACACAGGGGUUCCUGCACUUGGUUUCCUGCUACAAUUGCUGUAACAGCAAGGGAGAAGAGGUUUUGUUUUCAGCCCACCCUCCAUCCAGUUCCUAGAAGACAUGUCAUAUUGUAUGCUUGGUUUUUACUUUGCUUGUUUUUAAAAAGUUCAAAAUAAAAGAUGAUCUCAGACUUCUCACUCCCU